AUGUAUAAAAUGGAAUAUUCUUACCUCAAUUCCUCUGCCUACGAGUCCUGUAUGGCUGGGAUGGACACCUCGAGCCUGGCUUCAGCUUAUGCUGACUUCAGUUCCUGCAGUCAAGCCAGUGGCUUCCAAUAUAACCCUAUAAGGACCACUUUUGGGGCCACCUCGGGCUGCCCGUCCCUCACUCCAGGAUCCUGCAGCCUCGGCACUCUUAGGGACCAUCAGAGCAGUCCAUACGCAGCAGUUCCUUACAAACUCUUUACGGAUCACGGCGGGCUCAAUGAGAAGAGAAAGCAGCGGCGGAUACGCACCACAUUCACCAGCGCGCAACUCAAGGAACUCGAAAGGGUCUUUGCGGAGACACAUUACCCGGACAUCUACACUAGAGAAGAGCUCGCUCUGAAGAUCGACCUCACAGAAGCGCGAGUGCAGGUGUGGUUUCAGAACCGCCGGGCCAAAUUCCGUAAGCAGGAGAGGGCAGCGGCGGCCGCGGCGGCCGCAGCCAAGAACGGCUCAUCCGGCAAGAAAUCGGAUGCUUCCCGGGACGACGAGAGCAAAGAUGCCAAGAGCACGGACCCGGACAGCACUGGGGGCCCGGGGCCCAACCCUAACCCCGCCCCGAGCUGUGGGGCCGGCGGUGGAGGCGGAGGAGGCCCCAGCCCCGCAGGUGCCCCGGGGGCGGCGGGGCCCGGAGGCCCGGGGGGCGAACCCGGCAAGGGGGGAGCGGCGGCGGCGGCGGCUGCAGCGGCGGCCGCGGCGGCAGCAGCGGCCGCAGCGGCUGCCGGGGGCCUGGCUGCGGCUGGGGGACCUGGACAAGGCUGGGCUCCCGGGCCCGGCCCCAUCACUUCCAUCCCAGAUUCCCUCGGGGGCCCCUUCGCCAGCGUGCUGUCCUCCCUCCAGAGACCCAACGGCGCCAAAGCCGCCUUAGUAAAGAGCAGCAUGUUCUGA